AUGCUAGGGCUCUUGCAAGGCUUGAUAUGUGUCUCUCUGGCUCACUCCGCUGUCUCGGUGCCCGCGCAACCCGCCCAGCUAGCGUGGUUACCGCCUUCGCAUCCUCAUCAGCGUCCGGCGCCGAGGGGAGAGUACAGGAUGGAACCGGGCUAUAGUCCGUACCCGGGCGGCAAGGACGCGCCAGAACUGCGAAUGCCCUCUGGAUUCUCGCGCAACAUCCCCGAACGACGCAUUCACUCCCACAACGACUACUGGCGGGACGUGCCGGUCUAUACCGCCCUCUCGCACGGCGCACUCUCGAUCGAAGCGGACGUCUGGCUCAACCCGAAGGACGACAAGCUCUACGUCUCGCACAACGUCGCAUCUCUCACUCGAGCCCGCACCUUCUCCCGCCUCUACAUCGACCAGCUCGUCGACGUCCUGUCUCGCGCGAACGUGCAUGACGAAGAGACGGCUUUCUUCGACAAGACGGACUAUUGGACGAUGGCGAACGAGCGGGAGGAACGGAGGCUGUGGACGAGCUUCUACGAAGGCAAUCUGACGCCUAUCCAGCUGCUAGUCGACCUAAAAACCCGCGGCAACGAAACUUACCAUACCGUCUUGCGCGAACUCGAGCCCCUACGCUCGCGGCCCGUCCUCGUCCUCCUCACUGGCAACGGCAUCAAUCUCGACGUCCGCUCGCAAGUCGCGCCACAAAUGUCGCGAGACGUCUUCCUAGACGCUCCUCUUCUCCGACUAGACGAGACUUGGCAAGGUAUGGACGGUGGGCACUAUGGCUGGAACUCGACGCUCGCGCCAAUGGCGUCCGCGUCGUUCGCCUCCGCUACUUCCUGGGACGGCCGGAAGGCUAUCUCCGCAGCGCAAGAAACGACUCUAUCGCAACUACUGCGGACAGCGCAGGGCCGCGGCUUCAAGACCCGUCUCUGGUCGACCCCGCGCUGGCCAACGCAUGUGCGGGACCGAGUCUGGCGGACACUGUACGACCUCGGGACAGACUGGCUAGAUGCAGACGAUAUCGAGGCGGCUGCGGCUUUCUAG